AUGACGUAUUGUUAUGCUUCUGCUUUUUGUUGUUAUUGUUUAUCUUUCUAUUUUACAACUUCCCGUUCGCUUUUCCUCUUUUUCUCUCUCUCUCUCUGUUUCUGUGUGCAUGUAUAUGGUGAACAGGAGCGGGGGGUGAUGGGGAAUGCAUUUUUCCGCUGGGAAGCCUGUGAAGCGGACGCGGCGGUGGACACCCUCACAUUCCUUGCGGAGGACCCAAAUGCGCCUCGGUUUCGUCUCAAGCAUGCGGCUGUUGGUACGGCACUGGAUUCACAUUCAACCGGUUUUUGUUUUUACUCUCGAUAUGUCUUCUUGGAGGUAUUCACGGCGCUCCAGGUCCUUCUGGCCUUCUUCACCCUGUACUUAUUUAACUACAUGGGAACCAUACGCCAUUACUACGCCCCUCGAACUGUUUUAAAGGAAGAAGAAGGUUUUUUUUUUCCUCCAAAGGAAAAAGAAGUGCUUGUUCCGCACAAACGCGAAGCUUUGGCCGCUGUUUAUUUGGCCGUUGUCGUCAUUGGCUUAUGUUUUAUAUUGCUUGUUGCUGCGUACAUUUUAUUGACAAAUAGUGGUUGGUGGGCGUCGCUGGAGACGAAACGGUGGGAACACGACAAACAGGCCGCCGUCUCUUCUCAGCCGAGCCAUGGCGAAUUACAGCACCGUGUCAGGAGUAGUGGAUAUCAUCUUCGCCGCCUCGGUAUUCGAUGGAUCUCGUGGACACGGCCGUACUACGCCUUCCCACGUCGAUACCUUCCGGACUUUGACUAUCGACACGAACUUCAUGCGAAAUUUGGUGCUCCUUCCACCCGAGGUGAUCCAAAGAAGAUGUAUUUUGUUUUCCUGUCGCCAUUUGUGUUUAUGCUUACAGUCAUGGACAUCAUGACGGUCGACGAAAUGCGGGUUACCGAGAUGCGGGUGUCGCUUCUACAAGGAUUGUUACUUGCGUGUGGCCCUUUGUUUUUGUUUUAUGUGGCUUCGAUUUUAUUUAUGAGUAUGAUGAUGAGCCAGAGGAGUUGCUUUGGGGACACAAUGGGUGUAUUGUAUGCGUGA